UCCUGUUCUUCCCAAAACAAAGCAGAAAAAUGGCUGCUUUAGACGAAAUAAAACGUCUCGAAUAUCUAUCUUUGGUGUCAAAGGUGUGCACAGAGCUGGAGAAUCAUCUGGGAAUAAGCGAAAAAGAUUUGGCUGAAUUUAUCAUCAACCUCGCCGAAAAACACCCAACAAUUGAGGAAUUUAAAGCUGUGCUAUUACAAAAUGGAGCAGAAUUUACAGAUACCCUUAUUGGUAAUUUACUCAGACUUAUUCAUACUAUGCGCUCCUCACCAUCUACAAGUAAAGCACUUCAGCCAGAGGCGAACCCAAAGAGUGAGAAGGACAAGCUGAAAGUGAAAUACCCUGCUUUGUGUAAACCAGAUGACCCUGUGUGGAUCAUUCCCCCGCCACACACAGAUAAAGACGAUGAGCAGAUUGCAGCAGCAGCCAUGAAGGAGCUGGAGAUGCUUAUGCCAAGUGUUUGUGGGGCAAGCUCUGAUAACAGGUCAGACAGAAAUUCACAAUGUGACAGAGGUCGAGAUGCAGACAGAGAAAGCGGAUGUAAGCGAAGUCGCUCUCGCUCCAAAUCAAGAGAUCGCGAUGGAGAAACAAACCACAAGCGGAGAAGGAAACGAGUGUCUCGCUGGAGUGACCGUCCACCAAGCCCGAACAGAGGUAACAACGACAACAACAACAAGGAGGAGGAUGGGGACCGCUGGCGUGAGCGUGAUAGACCUGUGGAUCGGCCUCCGCCAGACGAGCCUGUUGUGGGUGACAUCUACAAUGGCAAAAUCAGCAGCAUUAUGCAGUUUGGUUGCUUUGUGCAGCUCGAGGGCCUCAGAAAACGCUGGGAGGGUCUGGUGCAUAUCUCAGAGUUGCGCAAAGAAGGACGUAUAGCGAAUGUGGCUGAUGUGGUCACCAAAGGCCAAAAGGUGAAGGUCAAAGUGCUGUCAUUCACUGGAACCAAAGCCAGCCUCAGUAUGAAGGAUGUAGACCAGGAGACAGGGGAGGACAUGAACCCCAACCGAAGAAGAAACCCAGGUGUUGAAGUUGUAGAUGAAAACAUGAGGAACCCUGACCGCCCCAACGAAGUCAGCAUGCUGGAAAUAGAGGAAAACCCAACAGAACACAAACGGCUCACAAAGAUAACUGACCUUGAGAAGUGGGAAAUUAAUCAGAUGAUUGCAGCCAAUGUUCUUCCUAAAGAAGAGUUCCCAGAAUUUGACGAGGAGACGGGAAUUCUUCCCAAAAUAGAUGAUGAUGAAGAUGAAGACAUAGAGAUUGAUCUGGUUGAUGAUGAACCACCAUUCCUGAGGGGACAGACUAAAUGGACCUUGAAUAUGAGCCCAGUUAAAAUAGUGAAGAAUCCAGACGGCUCCCUUUCCCAGGCGGCCAUGAUGCAGAGCGCACUGGCUAAGGAGAGGCGGGAGCUGAAGCAGGCGGCUCGCGCAGCAGAGAUGGACUGCAUCCCUACUGGUCUCAACAAGAACUGGAUAGACCCAAUGCCUGAUUAUGAAGGAAGGCAGAUCGCUGCCAACAUGAGAGGCAUCGGCGCUAUGCCUAUCGAUCUUCCAGAGUGGAAGAGAUACGCCUUAGGAGGGAACCAGGUAUCGUAUGGCAAGAAGACAGAGCUCUCCAUCCUGCAGCAGAGAGAGAGUCUGCCUAUUUUCAAGCUUAAGGAACAGCUCACUCAGGCUGUUCAUGAUAAUCAGAUCUUGAUUGUAGUCGGAGAAACCGGGUCAGGUAAGACCACACAGAUCACUCAGUACCUGGCAGAGGCAGGCUACACCUCCCGGGGAAAGAUUGGCUGUACGCAGCCCCGUCGUGUGGCUGCCAUGUCAGUGGCCAAGAGAGUCUCUGAGGAGUAUGGAUGUCGUCUAGGCCAAGAGGUGGGUUACACCAUUCGUUUUGAGGACUGCACCAGUACGGAGACAGUAAUCAAGUACAUGACCCAUGGUAUGCUGCAGAGAGAGUGUCUGGUGGACCCGGACAUGAGCCAGUAUUCCCUCAUUAUGCUAGAUGAGGCCCACGAGAGAACAAUCCACACUGACGUGCUGUUCGGCCUCCUCAAGAAGACGAUACAGAAGCGCAAAGACAUGAAGCUGAUCGUGUCCUCUGCUACACUGGAUGCUGUCAAAUUCUCCCAGUAUUUCUUUGAAGCUCCCAUAUUCACCAUCCCGGGAAGAACCUUCCCAGUGGAGAUCCUCUAUACCAAAGAGCCUGAGACGGACUACCUGGAUGCCGGACUCAUCACUGUCAUGCAGAUCCAUUUAACAGAGCCCCCAGGUGACGUCCUGGUGUUUCUGACUGGACAGGAAGAGAUCGACACGGCCUGUGAGAUCCUGUAUGAGCGAAUGAAGUCACUGGGGCCUGAUGUUCCUGAGCUGAUUAUUCUGCCAGUUUAUUCUGCCCUGCCCAGUGAGAUGCAGACCAGGAUCUUUGAUCCAGCGCCUCCAGGCAGCAGAAAGGUCAUCAUUGCCACAAACAUUGCUGAGACGUCUCUGACUAUUGAUGGAAUCUACUACGUGGUGGAUCCUGGUUUUGUUAAGCAGAUCGUGUAUAAUUCCAAGACCGGCAUUGACCAGCUUGUGGUGACUCCCAUAUCACAGGCCCAGGCCAAGCAGAGGUCAGGUCGAGCCGGCAGAACAGGCCCGGGGAAGUGUUACAGGCUCUACACUGAGAGAGCCUACAGAGAUGAGAUGCUGACGACCAAUGUGCCUGAGAUCCAGAGAACCAACUUGGCCAGCACUGUGCUGUCUCUGAAGGCCAUGGGUAUUAAUGACCUUCUGGCGUUCGACUUCAUGGAUGCUCCUCCCAUGGAGACUCUGAUCAUAGCCAUGGAGCAGCUGUACACUCUGGGAGCUCUGGAUGAUGAAGGAUUACUCACACGGCUGGGUAGAAGGAUGGCUGAGUUCCCUCUGGAGCCCAUGCUGUGUAAGAUGUUGAUCAUGUCCGUCCAUCUGGGCUGCAGCGAGGAGAUGCUCACCAUCGUCUCCAUGUUGUCUGUUCAGAACAUCUUUUAUAGACCAAAGGACAAACAGGCCCAGGCUGACCAGAGGAAGACAAAGUUUUUCCAGCCGGAGGGAGACCACCUUACACUGUUGGCUGUCUACAACUCCUGGAAGAACAACAAGUUCUCCAACCCCUGGUGUUUUGAGAACUUCAUUCAGGCUCGCUCAUUAAAGAGAGCUCAGGACAUCCGCAAGCAGAUGCUGAGCAUCAUGGACAGACACAAGCUGGACGUGGUGUCUUGUGGGAAAAGUACGAUGCGGGUCCAGAAAGCUAUUUGCAGCGGUUACUUCAGGAACGCAGCCAGGAAGCACCCUCAGGACGGGUACCGUACCCUGAUUGACCAGCAGGUGGUGUACCUCCACCCCUCCAGCACUCUGUUCAACCGCCAGCCGGAGUGGCUUGUGUACCAUGAGCUGGUGUUGACCACCAAGGAGUACAUGCGGGAGGUGACUACCAUCGACCCUCGCUGGCUGGUGGAGUUCGCCCCGGCUUUCUUCAGAGUUGGUGACCCCACGCGCCUCAGCCGGCAGAAGAGGAUGCAGAAACUGGAGCCUCUCUACAGCCGCUACGAGGAGCCCAACGCAUGGAGGAUCUCCCGCGCCUUUAGACGACGCUGAGGAUGCUUCAGGCUUAUACCAGGUGGACAUACUGUGUAGAACAAACGGAAUCAGAUAACGGCUGAAAAAGACACUUUGGUUUCAUGUUUUUGAUUUUGCGUUGCCAAAGCUAAAACUUCGACCAAACCUUAAUAAACUGUCUUAUGGAAUAGGAAUGUUUUAAUAUUUAACUUUCUUUAUUCACUUCAGUAAUACUUAAAUUAGCCAUGUUAGCUAUGUCAUUACCAUUGUUAGGUAUUAACACCUGAACUGGUUAACAUUUCUUAUAUUGUAUUUUCUAUGAAAUGUUUUAUGUUUAAAUAAUUUAGAAAUGUUUUAAAAUUUUCAAUCAUUGACGUUAGUUUUUCAUCAUUUCGGAUAAACACGGGAUGCAAUCUUAUCUGCUGCUGCGUUUUAACUCUUCACCGUCUUGUUUGCAUGAAUAUUGGCAAAUAUGAAAUAUUUAUUUGAUGCGUGCGCUAGGUGUUAAGACCAACUGCUGUUUUGGUUAAAGUAAUAGUUGCAAAUGU